GUCGCAUCUGCUGUGAAGAAUUGCUUGACACUGGAAUCUGGUUGAAGCCCUGUGGUCUCACACUUCUACAGCUUUUGAGGUGGCUCUACACGCAGAAAACAAAGACGCAGAACGCGCUGGCAAAUAUCUCCAAAUACAGUGAAAUGACAGAAGCCAGUCACCUCGAACAGCAUGAGAAUCUUUUCAGCAGUAAUAAACACAAUCUGAUGGAUGCCACUGGAGAUGAUCUGCCCUCAACAUGGUAAAAUGCUGGAAAUUUACUUCAACUUCAAUAGAGCGGAAAGAGAAACAGUGAAAUGGCAGAAGCCAGUAUUUCAAUGGACCAGUUCAAAUGUCCACUGUGCCUGGAUCUUCUGAAGGAUCCAGUGACAAUUCCCUGUGGACACAAUUACUGUAAUGGAUGCAUCUCAGGAAAUUGGAAUCAGGGGGAUCGGACGGGAAUCUACAGAUGUCCUUUAUGCCAACAGACCUUUACACCAAGACCAGUUUUAGGCAAAAACGUGGUGGUUGCUGAAAUGGUGGAGAUACUCAAGAAGACAAGACUUCAGGCUUCUCCUGUUCAUCCACCGGCUCCUGUUCUGUUUCCUUCUCCUGUUCCUCCACCUGUUCCUGCAGUUCAUCACACUGGAUCUGGAGAUGUUCAGUGCGACUCCUGCACUGGAAUGAAACAGAAAGCAGUGAAGACGUGUCGGGAGUGUCGAAACUCCUACUGUCAAACUCACCUUGAACAGCAUGAGAAUCUCUUCAGAGGUAAAGGACACAAUCUGAUGGAUGCCACUGGACGUUUGCGCCAGAUGAUCUGCCCUCAACAUGAUAAAAUGCUAGAAAUGUACUGCCGUACCGACCAGCGCUGUAUCUGUAUGCUGUGUUUGAUGGAUGAACAUAAAAAUCAUGACACUGUAUCAACUGCAGCAGCGAGGACAGAGAAGCAGGCACAUUUGGAGGAGACGAAGAAGAAAGUCAGUCAGAGAAUCCAGAAGAAAGAGAAAGAUCUACAGGAGCUAAGAGAGGCUGUGGAGUCUCAUAAGCGCUCUGCACAGACAGCAGUGGAGGACAGUGAGAGGAUCUUCACUGAACUCAUCCGCUCCUUUGAGAAACGCCGCUCUGAGGUGACGCAGCUGAUCAGAGAUCAGGAAAGAGCUGCAGUGAGUCAAGCUGAAAUAAAACUGGAGCGACUGAAGGUGGAGAUUGAUGAACUGAAGAGGAAAGACACUGAGCUGAGGCAGCUUUCAGAGGCAGAUGAUCAUAUUCAUUUCCUUCAGAGUUUGCAGUCCGUGUCUCUCUCUGGAUCUACAGACAGCCUUACUGUCAGUUCUCAUCUCUCUUUUGACGACGUAUUGAAAUUAGUCUCUCAACUUAGAGACAAACUGCAGCAGUUCUCCAGAGAGACUAUAGAAAAUGUGUCUGGAACAGUGAAAACCAUCCAGGUCAUUCUGACUCCUGAGUAUGACACCAGGCAGGAAUUCCUACAAUAUUUCCAUCAGCUCACUCUGGAUCCAAACACGCCACAACUAUGUCUCCACCUGUCUGAAGGGAACACAGUGGUCACUUACACCGACAAGUUCUACAAUUAUCCUAAUCAUCCAGAGCGAUUUGAAUACGCUCAGGUGUUGUGUAGAGAGAGUGUGACUGGACGCUGUUAUUGGGAGGUUGAGUACAGCGGUAGUGCAGGUGUGUAUAUAGCGCUGGCAUAUAAGAGCAUCAAGAGAAAGGGACAGAGUUUGGAGUGUGCAUUUGGAUAUAAUAAUCAAUCCUGGACAUUGUUCUGUUCUCCCUCAAAGUGCUUGUUUAAUCACAACAACAUAAACUCCAAGGUCCUUGUAGUGUCCAGCAGCAGAAUAGGAGUGUAUGUGGAUUUCAGUGCAGGGAUUUUGUCCUUCUACAGUGUCUCAGACACAAUGAAUCUCAUCCACAGAGUCCAGACUACAUUCACUCAGCCGCUCUAUCCAGGAUUUGGAUUAGGUCUCUACUCAACCGCAAAACUGUGUCGUCUGCGCAAUUAAGUUCUUACGUAGCCAAUUUAAGCCUGAUUUUAAAUAAAUGUUCUAUAUUUUAGUUCAAUAUUAUUCAUUUAAUAUUUUAAGGAGAUCAUUUAGUACUAAACACUAUUUGUCCAAUAAUUAUGGUCCAUUAAUGGCUUAAUAUAUGUUACACUAAUUAAAAUCUGUGUUGUUUACAAGUGAGACUGAGAAUCUGUAAGUGACAUCCUAUUUCAUUUUAGUGAAAUAAUGACAGAAGUUGUUUUUUUUUUUAUCUUAAGAUUUCAGUCAAAUGCACACUUAUGUGUGAAAAUGCCCAAGUAUCCUGGUGAAUGCAUUCAGUCUUAAAGUGACAGUAGCUUAUAGAUCUGCUGCCAUUUCUGCCAUUAAAGUUAAUCAAAAAAAUCUUUUUGCUCUUGACUGAAUCACUUUUGUAACUUAAGCAUAAAUGUAGAUCUAAUUUACACUUUGAUGCCAUUUGAUUACUGUGAAGUACAUUUGAUUAGUUUAUACAAUUUAUGUAGUAUUUCUAUAGGCCUAUCUAGUUCUUGAGGUAUGCAAAUCCAUUUUUUGACAGGCAGGCAGGACAGCCUAUCAUAAUGUUUGGACGAACAUUUUAGGGUCCUACACCUCCCACAGAUGAUAGAUCACUUAAUGAUUGCUAUUGGGAUGUGAAGAGACUUUCA